GUUUAUGUAUUUAUAUGGUUGUUCACUUCUCUUGGGGAAACUCAAGUUAAAAGCAACUCUUUAACUUCUCUUCCUUCUUAUAACUUCUCCCCUAUUCAGUAUUCAUCAGUAGACAUACUGCUAAACUAAUUUUAGCCAAUGCCUCUUCAUUGUGUAGCACCAAAACCAGAAAACUUUGGCACAGAAUUGAUGGCAGCUCCGACUAAUUCGUCGAAACCAGAGAUGAACUCAGAGUCCUUUAUACAAAGGGCCUUGUUUCCCAUAACUUUGAAGUUUGAAGAGGUUGUCUACAAGAUUAAGCAAGAAACAAAAGGAAUGUGUUGUGGAGGACCAUCAAACACAAAAGAAAAGACUAUACUUAAUGGAGUGACAGGUAUUGUGUGCCCAGGGGAGAUGCUAGCAAUGUUAGGUCCAUCAGGUAGUGGAAAAACUACCCUCCUAACAGCUUUAGGAGGUCGUCUAUCGGGUAAACUAUCUGGGAAAAUUGCAUACAACAGCCAGCCAUUCUCAGGAGCUAUCAAACGUCGUACUGGAUUCGUGGCACAGGACGAUGUUCUAUAUCCUCAUCUAACUGUAACAGAAACUCUUCUCUUCACUGCUCUGCUAAGGCUUCCCCAAAGCCUAAGCAGGGAGGAAAAAGAAAGGCAUGUGGAGCAUGUUAUUGCAGAGCUUGGGUUAAACAAGUGUCGAAACAGCAUGAUAGGAGGACCAUUAUUUAGAGGGAUAUCAGGUGGGGAGAAAAAGAGGGUCAGUAUUGGUCAAGAAAUGCUAAUUAAUCCGAGUUUACUACUGCUAGAUGAGCCUACUUCUGGUUUGGAUUCUACUACAGCUCUGAGGAUUCUAACUACUGUUAAGCGCCUAGCUGACGGUGGUAGAACUGUCAUCACUACAAUCCACCAGCCAUCAAGCAGGCUCUACCAUAUGUUUGAUAAGGUAGUCUUGCUUUCUGAAGGCUGCCCUAUCUACUAUGGUCCUGCAUCAACUGCCCUCGAGUACUUCUCCUCUGUUGGUUUUUCCACAUCCAUCACUAUCAAUCCUGCUGAUCUCUUGCUUGAUCUUGCCAAUGGAAUUGGACCUGAUUGCAAGCAUGCAAUUGAGCAAGGUGACAAUACUGAACAAGAGAAGAAAUCUGUGAGAGAAGCUCUCAUCUCUGCUUAUGACAAGAACAUUUCUACAAGGUUGAAAACUGAGCUAUGCAGUUCAGAUACCAAUAAUUACAGUUACACAAAGGAUGUUUCAACAAGAAAUGGUAUGAAGUCAGAACACUGGUGCACGAGUUGGGGCUAUCAAUUUAAGGUGCUGCUACUAAGGGGGCUGAAAGAACGAAGAUACGAGACAUUCAACAAGCUUAGAAUCUUCCAAGUUGUUAGUGUAGCAUUUCUUGCCGGAUUGUUAUGGUGGAACACUCCAACAUCCCACAUUGAAGACAGAAUUGCAAUGGUAUUCUUCUUCGCGGUAUUCUGGGGCUUCUAUCCACUCUACAAUGCAGUUUUCACUUUUCCCCAAGAAAGAAGGAUGCUCAUCAAAGAAAGAUCAUCAGGAAUGUACCGACUCUCAUCAUAUUUUCUAGCUAAAACUGUGGGGGAUCUUCCCUUGGAACUGGCACUACCAACAGUAUUUACCUUCAUCCUAUAUUGGAUGGGUGGGCUCAAAGCCAACCCUGCCACCUUCAUUCUAUCUCUUCUAGUAGUCCUUUACAGCGUACUCGUUUCUCAGAGUCUCGGUCUAGCGUAUGGUGCCAUGCUCAUGGAUGUGAAACAGGCCACUACCUUAGCAUCAGUCACAACUUUAGUCUUCCUAAUUGCUGGAGGAUAUUACAUUCAGCAAAUUCCUCCUUUCAUAGUCUGGCUAAAAUAUUUGAGCUAUAGCUUCUACUGCUACAAGUUGCUUCUAGGGGUACAAUACAAUGACAACGACUACUACGAGUGUUCAAAAGGUGUCUAUUGCCAGGUUGCAGAUUUUCCAGCCAUAAAAUCAAUGGGCCUGAACAAUAUGUGGAUGGAUGUUUUCAUCAUGGCUCUAAUGUUAGUGGGAUACCGACUAAUUGCUUAUCUAGCACUCAAUCGUGUACGAUGAACACGUGCGGAGGGAACCAUUUCAAGAGCAAAAUCGAAGGUUUUUUUCGGCCAACAACAACAAAGAGUAAUAAUGUUAGAUAUAGAUUAUGAUCCCAUUGCCAGAUUUUGAUCACAUACACCAAAAAUUCCAAUGUAGUACCACUCUGGCAAUGUUUUACCUAACUGACUUAGGAAACUUCAGAUGCUUGGGAAGAAUAAAAUCUGUAACAUCUUGAACUGAAUAAAUAUGCUUAGUGUACAAUGAAGCAAA